GUUGACCCUGGUGCCUGGGGUGAGGGACAGUAAAGAAAAAGGGGGGCGCAAAUAAUUCAAAUGUUAAUACUGUAAGGAUUUGUUCAUGUAUAUAUAUGUUUUUUUAGAACACAUGGGUAAACAAUGCUGUGGGACAUGGAUGAGGUCCACGGAGGCUGCUGUUUGAAACAUUUACAGUACAACUUGAAUAUUGGCAGAAACCAUUUUUACUACCCCGGAGUACUGUGAAAGACAAGCUCAUGAAGUGCUAUAAUUACAAAAUACUCAAGUAAAGUACAAGUACUCAACAGUGAAGUACUCCUUAGCACUAUACCAGUGUUGUACUUGCAAAUGUGCUGUGCUGCUGUCUCGUUGACACCAUUUCACAGUAAGUAAACAGUGACAAAAACAUAAAAAACGCUAUAUUUUGAUUUAAAGAUUCAACAUCUUGUUAACAAAUUAUUUAAAUUUUAAAAUGUUAAACUGUUUAAAUGUUAUUGGCUCCAGAAAUAAUCCUCUAUGACGUAGACUGAUGUUGAGAUGCCACCAUGGAUGCGAGGAGUGCAGAUCCUUCCGAUGGUCAGAAAUUCCCAAGUUGACAUGCAUGGAUGCACACAUUUCAUGAGCGAGCCAAUGACGACAAUGGCAUCACCCGCUGACACACCUCCUGCACUCCCACUCACUCUUUGAUUCAGCAUGUUUUGUCUGACGUCAGGUCAGUGUAAAAGCUCUUUUUUGGGAAGCAAACUCAUUAAAACAAUGUUAAUUCUUGAGUGCAGUGGGUAUGUAACCAGGGAGACUCCCAAGUGGUCAAUGAGAGUCAUAAAUUCAUCCAAAUGCUGGGCCUAUUGUUGUGAGACAGGCAGGGAGAAAAAGGUCACAUUGAAUGUGUACUAAUAGAUCUGGCCACUUUAGAGGGAAAAAAACAGAGGCAUGCAACCUGAACCUGAUUUAUAAACUGAUUUGAAUAAACAAUAAAGUGAUGAGAUCAAAAUAACUCCAUGAUGUAUGACUUGUAAAUGCUUGGACAUGGUGUACGUGUGUGUUUGUGCAUCAGGGUGUGCAGGCUCAACAUGCGAAGCAUUUGGUCUGGUCUGGUAUGACCGUAACAGAGGAGGUGCUGCCAUUCUGACCCCCCACCCCAACCCCCCCCCUUGGAGGUAUGACAUCAACAGUAAUAAUGAGGGCACCCCAUCAAUGGCUGGCCUGGGGGCUAUAUAAGCAUGUUGAGUCCAGUGCUUCUAACUAACAGGAGCUCACCCCCAAACAGACCACUUAACAUUGGAAGCCCGUGCAGGUAUGUUCAGCUUUGCACCAACUUAUUCCUUCAUGUUCAUGAUAUUCGUAAGUGUUCAAGCUAUAUGAGUUUCAAAACCAACCAACCAAUUUACAUUUGACAAAAAACAUGACUUUGACAAAUGCUUUUCUUUAUCAGAUGAAGGUCAACAUGCGCAGUCUGGACUAUAGAAACGUGCUCAUUUCGCUCUGCAUCGUGCACCUCUUCGCACUCACUGAGGGGCGCCCCAUAAGGAAGAGGGCUGUGAGCGAGGUGCAACUCAUGCACGACCUCGGGGAGCUCAAGCAGGUGCAGGAGCGUCGCCAGUGGCUCCAGAGGAGGCUCCAGGGGGCCCACGCCGGCCUGAUAUGGGGUGGCGCAGGGGAGGCGGGCCAAGCCAGGAGGAGAGAGCGGCCCGAGGAGCUGCCGGACCUGAGCAACAUGACACCGGAGGAGAUCCAGCUCGCUUUGAACUUACUGGAAAAGCUCCUCAAGUCAAAGCCGUCCUGAUUUUGGUUGAUUGGAUUUCAUUUCCGAUGUUUGCAGCCACAUUGCAGUGUCUUUUGACAGAAUUUUCAGCAACAUUCAAUUUUUUUCUAUUCAACGUUAAUUAUUUGUUGUUCAUAACUAGUUGUCCUUGUCCUUGUCCGUGUUUUAUUGGGAUUUAUUUUUUAUUGUAUUUAUUUGACAUGAUCUAUAUUAUUACUUACUUUCCUUUUAUUUAUUAAAUUGAUAUUUAUGGAUUUGACGAAGGGAAACUUGUCUGGGCAAACUUCCCCAUUGUGUUGAUGCACUUUUAUUUAACAGGUUGGACCAACAAUGUAUUGUAUAUUUUUAUUUUUGUAGGCAUGUUUAACAUGAAAAUAUAAAAAACGAAUGA